CUGCUCUUUCUUCCCCUUUCUCUAUCAUCAGCAUAAAUAAAUAAACUGUUCUUUGAGUUGUAAUAAAGAAACAACAUAUUGCAAAACAAAAACAAAAACAAAAAAUUGGGAUUCUUCAGUUUUAAGGUUGGUAUACCAACUUACUAAAUUCAUAGUAAUAUGUAACUUCAGUUACUGUUUAUAAAUUCUUUGUGGUUGCUUCUAAGCUUCUUUGCUAUAUUAUCCCAUUUCACUUCUUUUUCUUUCUUUCUUUAAUGUGAUAAAGUUGAAAUCUUUUUGAUAUUCUUGAUUCAAUUUGAGGAUCUUUUUUUCUUUUGAGAAAAAUCCAAAAAUUUAUGUUCAACUUGGUUAUUGGUUAUCUGAUAGAUCUACUAAAGGUUGUCAUGGUUUGCUGCUAGAGUUUGUCCUUCCCUUUCCGAAUUCCGAACGCUGCUCAGCUUUUGAGGUUGGUUCACUGUGAAGAUUAAAAUCACUCCACUGCGGCACCAUGAAACUUUGUAAGAUGUAUAAUCCUUGACACCAAAUAAACGUGCACACCAAAUAGGUACCAGACUGCAUAGGGCAUAUAUUGACAAGACAGGAACAAUCUUAAUUUGCAAUGCAAGCAUCACGACGCAGAAGAACAGCUAUGUCUAAUACUCUUUACUGUGAACCGCUGCAGAAGGCAGAGGCCUACUGUCUGCCUCAGUUUCAAACUUUAGAUAGCCAUUUGAGCUACAUUAGUGGCAGCCAUGUAGGUAACCACUCCCUUCAGACCUAUCGUGACCGCUAUUGCAUGCUGGAUUCGUCUUCUGCCACUGGAAACUAUGCCAUUUACCACUCACCAUCAACUACUAGUUUCUCAUCAAAUGGAAGCACGACUUGCAAUCAAGAGUCUCAGCCAUACCUAUCCGAUGUUCGCCAUUCCCCUGAGACUAACUAUGGCUCCCCUAUUAGUGGAUCUUGUAUUACAGAUGACGUGGCUGAUUUCAUGCACAAGCUAAAGGAAUUGGAAACGGUGAUGCUGGGACCUGAAUUGGAGAGUUAUGAUAAUUCCUUGCCAAGUAAUAUAGCCUCCCCAGAAAUUGAUAGCUGGAGGCAAAUAAUGCUGGCCAUACCUAGACGAGAUUUGAAACAGGUGCUUAUCGCUUGUGCAAAAGCUGUUUCUGAUGGUGAAUUACUAACUGCACAAGUGUUGAUAUCUGAGUUGCGUCAAAUGGUGUCAGUAUCAGGGGAGCCAAUUCAGAGACUGGGAGCAUACAUCUUGGAAGGGCUUGUUGCGAGGUUGGCUGCAUCGGGAAGUUCCAUAUGCAAAUCCUUGAGAUGCAAAGAACCCGCAAGUUUUGAGUUGUUGUCAUAUAUGCACGUUCUUUAUGAAAUUUGCCCUUACUUCAAAUUUGGAUACAUGUCAGCUAAUGGCGCCAUUGCAGAAGCAAUGAAGGAUGAAAAUAGAGUUCAUAUAAUUGAUUUCCAGAUUGCUCAAGGGAGCCAGUGGGUGCCUAUGAUUCAAGCUUUUGCAGCUCGUCCUGGAGGACCGCCACAUAUCCGCAUGACAGGCAUUGAUGAUUCCACCUCAGCAUAUGCUCGUGGAGGAGGGCUUGAUAUUGUGGGCAAAAGGCUUUCCAAACUUGCUAAAACUUUCAAGGUGCCUUUUGAAUUUCAUCCUGCUGCCAUGUCCGGUUGUGAUGUUCAGCUAGAAAACCUUGGAAUUCAACCUAGCGAAGCACUAGCAGUAAAUUUUGCUUUCACAUUACAUCACAUGCCAGACGAAAGUGUGAGCACUGUAAAUCAUCGGGAUAGACUAUUACGGAUGGUCAAAAACCUCAGCCCCAAGGUUGUUACCCUUGUUGAGCAAGAAUCUAAUACGAAUACUGCUGCUUUCUUUCCUCGAUUCCUUGAAACCUUGGAUUAUUAUUCAUCCAUGUUUGAAUCAAUCGAUAUGACUCUUCCACGGGGACAUAAGGAGCGAAUCAACGUUGAACAGCAUUGUUUAGCGAGGGACGUUGUUAACAUCAUAGCCUGUGAGGGAAUUGAAAGGGUGGAGCGGCAUGAACUUCUUGGUAAGUGGAAGUCGCGGUUUAGAAUGGCUGGUUUUAGCCCAUAUCCAUUGAGUUCAUUGGUGAACGCUACGAUCAAGACAUUGCUAGAGAGCUACUCAGAUAAGUAUAGGCUUGAAGAAAGAGAUGGGGCUCUUUACCUUGGUUGGAUGAAUAGAGAUUUGGUUGCUUCUUGUGCCUGGAAAUAACAAAUGGUUCUUUCACAGAGCCCUUUUCUUUAGUCCCCCCCUUUUUUCUUCUUCUUGAUCUCUGUAAUAGCUGAAGUGCUAAUAGUAAGAAAACAGGUUCCUCGUCAAGUGUAUCACUUGAUCAAUCAAAGUAAAAGUUUAUUUCUUCGAA